AGCCCUUUUGAAGCCUGAGCCGCUGGACUUCUCUAACCAAUAGGCCCCCGAGUCCCUUUAUGCUAAUGAGGGGCGUGGGCUGGAGAAGGUUCCAGCACUUUCAGCGCUCAAGAGAAACCUAGAUGGCACCUGUUUUCUACCACCGUGCGCCUGUCUCCAUGGAGGAGCUGUUGAAGGGGGAACUCCCGAGGGGCCGACUGCCGCUACUGGCAGCGGGGCUGGCCGUGCUGGCCUGCCUGGCUCUGCUCAUCCCGCUCAUCUUCUUCGCGGUCAAGGCGUCCAGCGAGGCCUGUCAGGAUGGGCUCCGGGCAGACAGGGAGUGUCGCAAUACUACCCACCUCCUACAAAGCCAGCUCAAGCGGGCCCAGGAUGGCCUGCUGCAGGCCGAGAAUGAGGCGCACACCUGCAAUCAGACUGUGGUGACCCUGAAGGCUGCCCUAGAAGAAAAGAUGUCUCAGGCCCUGGAGCAGCAUGCCCGGAUAGAGGAGCUGGAGAGAAACAUCACGAUAUUGAAUGAGAAACUGAAGAACACCUUGGAGGAACAGGAGAAAUUAAGGAAAGAGAAGGAAACUUUGAGGAGCGUAUUGCUGCAGAACUCUGUCAGCUCCUUGGCGGCCUCCAGUCUCCCAAUGCUCCUGGUACCACUGGUCCUGGUCCUCCUGUUCUGAGGACCUGGAUGCUGAUAGCCUGCACUGAAGUGGUUGCACUUGUUCACGGUGGCUGGCGGGACAUGACCUAGUGGCUCUGGAGGGACCAUGGCAGCUCUGAG